AUGCCGUCUAAAAGACCACACCUGGAUUCAGAUAUGGCAUCCGACGAAGCGUUUCUGGACUUGUUGAAGCCAACUUACAAGGGUAAAGGGUUGACCGAUGAGAUCAAAACAGCUGAAGAUAAAUGGAAUCUUUUACCAGCAUUCUUAAAAGUCAAGGGGUUGGUUAAACAACAUUUGGAUUCAUUCAAUUACUUUGUUGAUGUUGAUUUGAAGAAGAUCAUCAAGGCCAACGAAUACGUGUUGUCAGACGUGGAUCCUGAGUUCUUCCUUAGGUACACUGACAUUCGUGUAGGGUACAGAUCAAGAGAUGGUCGCAAAGUUCUUGAUGGUUCACCUCAUGAGUGCCGUUUACGGGACAUUACUUAUUCUGCUCCGAUUGUGGUUGAUGUGGAGUAUACUCGAGGUCGGAAGAUCAUCAGUCAUAAGAAUUUGGAAAUUGGGAGAAUGCCCAUUAUGUUGAGAUCAAAUAAAUGUAUGUUGGCCAAUGCCAAUGAAGAACAAAUGAGUGUCAUGCAAGAAUGUCCGUUAGAUCCUGGUGGAUAUUUCAUUGUUAACGGUACUGAAAAGGUCAUUUUGGUUCAGGAACAAUUAUCCAAAAACAGAAUUAUUGUGGAAGCUGAUGAAAAGAAGGGGCUUGUUCAAGCUUCAGUUACUUCUUCCACUCAUGAAAGAAAAUCUAAAACUUAUGUCAUCACCAAAAACAGUAAGAUCUAUUUGAAGCAUAAUUCCAUUGCUGAAGAUAUACCAAUUGUAAUUAUUUUAAAGGCUGCAGGUAUUGCAUCGGAUUUGGAAAUCUUGCAACUUGUUUGUGGUAAUAAUUCUCAAUAUCAAGAUCUAUUCGCAGUCAACUUUGAAGAAGCUGCCAGAUUAGAGGUUUUCACCCAAGAACAAGCAUUGAAUUACGUGGGGAGAAGAGUUAAAACCAUUAGAAGAGCAGGUGCACCCAAAUUAUCUCAAUUACAAGAAGGUAUUGAAGCUAUUCUGACCACUGUAAUUGCUCAUAUCACCGUUUCAGAUCUUCAAUUUAGAGAAAAGGCACUUUUCAUGACUUCAAUGACAAGAAGAGUGUUGAUGACCAUGGAUAAUCCAAAAAUGGUCGACGAUAGAGAUUAUGUUGGUAACAAAAGAUUAGAAUUAGCAGGUCAAUUAAUGGCUUUAUUGUUUGAAGAUUUGUUUAAAAACUUCAACUCUGAUUUCAAGGCAAAUAUUGAUAAAACCUUGAAGAAAAGAAGUUUAACUGCUGAGUAUGAUGCUCUUUUAAAUAUUCAAAUCCAUUCAAGUGGAUUGACUCAAGGUAUGAAUAGAGCCAUUUCUACAGGGAAUUGGUCUUUAAAACGUUUCAAGAUGGAAAGAGCUGGUGUUACCCAUGUAUUAUCCAGAUUAUCAUAUAUUUCAGCCUUAGGUAUGAUGACAAGAAUCUCUUCACAAUUUGAAAAGUCUAGAAAGGUUUCUGGACCCAGAGCAUUACAACCGUCUCAAUUUGGGAUGUUGUGUACUUCAGAUACUCCAGAAGGUGAAGCCUGUGGGUUGGUGAAGAAUUUAGCAUUAAUGACUCACAUUACAACUGAUGAUGAAGAAGCACCUAUCAAAAGGUUAUGUUUCGUUCUUGGCUGUGAAGAUAUCUUGAACAUUGAUUCAGCUACUCUUCAUGAAGCUGGGAAUUAUAGCAUUUUUCUUAAUGGUACGCUAAUUGGUACCACAAGAUACCCUAUUGAGUUUGUUCAUCAAUUUAGAACCUUGAGAAGAACAGGAAGAGUUUCGGAGUUUAUUUCCAUUUAUAGCAAUUCUCAUCAAAGUUCAGUUAAUAUUGCCACUGAUGGGGGUAGAAUUUGUCGACCACUUAUUAUUGUUGAUCCAGAAACAAAUACUUCAAGAGUUAAGGCGGAACAUUUGGUUAAACUCUUGAAUAAUGAAUGGGUUUUCGAUGACUUUUUAAAGUAUGGGUUAGUUGAAUACUUGGAUGUCAACGAAGAAAAUGACUCAUUAAUUGCAUUAUAUGAUAAGAACUUGGAAGACAAGUCGGAAUCAUAUACCCAUUUAGAAAUUGAACCAUUCACUGUCCUUGGAGCAGUUGCUGGGUUAAUUCCAUAUCCUCAUCACAACCAAUCUCCUAGAAACACCUAUCAAUGUGCGAUGGGUAAGCAAGCUAUUGGUGCAAUUGCAUAUAACCAAUUCAAGAGAAUUGAUACUUUAUUGUACUUGAUGGUUUAUCCUCAACAACCUAUGGUUAAAACAAAAACCAUUGAAUUAAUUGACUACGACAAAUUACCUGCUGGUCAAAAUGCUACAGUUGCUGUUAUGUCUUAUUCUGGUUACGAUAUUGAAGAUGCCUUGGUGUUGAACAAGGCUUCCCUUGAUCGUGGGUUUGGUCGUUGUCAAGUGCUAAAGAAGUCUACUGUUGUUCUCAAAAAAUACCAAAACCAUACCAGCGAUAUUCUUCAAGGGUACAGAAAGGAAAAUGAAUCCGGGAAGAUCAUCUUCCCUCAUCAAGCCAUUGGAGCUGAUGGUCUUGGUGAAGUUGGUCUGAGAAUUGAAAAUGGUCAGAUUUAUGUUAACAAAUAUGUUCCAACUAAUGCACAUGAAACAGUGGCUGCCACAGGCCAAAUGCCACAACAAGAGAGUCAUAGAGAAGCUCCAUCCUAUUAUAGGGGCCCUGAACCUUCCUAUAUAGACCAAGUCAUGUGUACUACAAGUGACAAUGAUCAAACGGUUGUCAAGGUACUUUUAAGACAAACCAGAAGACCAGAAUUGGGUGAUAAGUUUUCUUCAAGACAUGGUCAAAAGGGUGUUUGUGGUAUUAUUGUUAACCAUCAAGACUUGCCAUUUAAUGACAUGGGUGUUACUCCGGACAUUAUCAUGAACCCACAUGGUUUCCCAUCUCGUAUGACGGUUGGGAAAAUGAUUGAACUUAUCUCCGGUAAGGCUGGUGUCUUGAAUGGUUCUUUGGAAUACGGGACAUGUUUUGGAGGUUCAAAGUUGGAAGAUAUGUCCAAGAUCUUGGUUGAAAAGGGUUUCAACUAUAGUGGGAAGGAUAUGCUUUAUAGUGGUAUAACGGGUGAAUGUUUGCAAGCGUAUAUCUUUUUCGGUCCUAUUUACUAUCAAAAAUUGAAGCAUAUGGUUAUGGAUAAAAUGCAUGCUAGAGCUAGAGGACCUCGUGCGGUCUUAACCCGUCAACCUACAGAAGGUAGAUCAAGAGAUGGGGGUCUUAGAUUGGGUGAAAUGGAAAGAGAUUGUGUUAUUGCUUAUGGAGCUUCGCAAUUGUUAUUGGAAAGAUUGAUGUUGAGUUCAGAUGCGUUUGAAGUUGAUGUUUGUAACCAAUGUGGUCUUAUGGGUUACCAUAGUUGGUGUCCUACUUGUAAGAGUUCCGAAUACGUCAUUAAAAUGACUAUCCCAUACGCUGCCAAGCUAUUAUUCCAAGAAUUGCUUGCCAUGAAUAUUGCACCAAGAUUGAAGUUGGGUGAUGUUUUUCAAAUGUGA